AAGUAGCGUGUCGCCUUCGAAACGAGUGGAAGGAAUUUUUAAAUACGCUAAUGUUUUGUAAUGUUUUAUAAAGAUUGUGGCCACAAACAUUAAUUCCACUGUGCUCCGCACUUUUGAGGCCAGUAAUUGUUCCGUGUGUUAAACUCACCACACUUAUUUUGACCGGUUAUGUCCAAAUUAGCGAAAUGGAGCUCAAAAGGAAACGAGUCCAAACUUCUGCCCAUCUAUCAACACAAACGCAAACUCAUUCAAGCUGUCAGAGACAGCAGCUUCCUGGUGGUCACCGGUGAGACUGGCAGCGGGAAAACCACACAACUCCCUCAGUACCUGCAUGAAGCAGGUUUUUGUAAAGAUGGCAAAAUUGGCAUCACCCAGCCCCGCAGGGUGGCUGCCAUCACUGUGGCCCAGAGAGUAGCCCAGGAGAUGCAGUGCACUCUGGGAAAGGAGGUUGGCUACCAGGUCCGCUUUGAUGACUGCACAUCACAGGAUACGAUGGUGAAGUACAUGACGGACGGCUGUUUGCUGCGAGAGACCCUGGCGGACCCUGCACUGUCUCAGUACAGUGUCGUAAUCUUGGAUGAGGUCCAUGAACGCAGCCUCAACACAGAUAUUCUCCUGGGUUUGUUAAAGAAAAUCUUCACCAACCCAGCAAAGGCCACCAAGGGCCGAUCCUUCCCUUUGAAGGUGGUGGUGAUGUCGGCCACGCUGGAAACUGAGAAACUGUCGGCUUUUCUCAGCAACUGCCCCGUCUUCACUAUUCCCGGGAGGACGUUUCCUGUAACCUGCACAUUUGGCACAGCUGUAGGACCUAAAGAUGUAGAAAGCACUGGUUAUUUGAAAGAGGUCGUGAAAGUGGCUCUGGAGGUGCACACUAGUGAAAUGGCUGGAGAUAUUCUGGUGUUUUUGACAGGUCAGUCUGAGAUUGAGCACGCCUGUGACUUGUUGUUUGAGAAAGCUGAGUGCAUAGACUACCGCUAUGAUGUAACAGACCAAACAGUGGAGGGCCUUCUCAUUUUGCCUCUUUACGGAUCCAUGCCGACUGAUCAACAGAGGCAGAUCUUUCAGCCACCGCCUCCAGGAAUACGAAAGUGUGUCGUGGCCACAAACAUUGCUGCAACCUCUCUCACCAUCGAUGGCAUAAAGUACAUUGUGGACAGCGGCUUUGUGAAGCAGCUCAACCACAACUCGAGGGUUGGCAUGGAUAUCUUGGAGGUUGUCCCUAUUUCAAAGAGUGAAGCGCAGCAGAGAGCGGGCCGAGCUGGAAGAACCUCAGCUGGGAAGUGUUUUCGAAUCUAUAACAAGGAAUUCUGGGAGAAGUGCAUGCAUGAAUACACUAUUCCGGAGAUCCAGAGAACGAGUCUGACGGCUGUGAUACUCACACUCAAGUGCCUGGGUAUUCAUGAUGUCAUCCGGUUUCCUUAUCUGGAUUGUCCAGAGGAGAGGUUCAUACUAGAAGCACUAAAACAGCUCUACCAGUUUGAUGCCAUCGACAGACGAGGAAAUGUGACAAAGCUCGGGGAGCUGAUGGUGGAGUUCCCCCUGCACCCAGGCCUGACCAGAGCCCUGCUCAAGGCUGCCUCACUGGGCUGCCAAGACUUGCUGCUUCCUGUAGCUGCCAUGCUGUCGGUGGAGAACAUUUUCAUCAGGCCAGGCCACCCAGAUAAGCAGAAAGAGGCAGAUAAGAAGCACAGAGCGCUGGCUGCAAAGACUGGCAGUAUGAAUGACUUUGCCACACUUCUCAGUGUGUUUCAGUCCUGCAAAUCCAGUGACCGACCUUCAGCGUGGUGUAAAGAGAACUGGGUCCACUGGAGGGCGCUGAAGUCAGCCUUUAGUGUGGAGACUCAGCUGCGAGACAUCCUCCACCGACUCCAGCAGAAAAGAGAUUUCCCUGUAGAAACAUUUGAUGGCAACAAGAGUGAACUCUUUAGGCAAUGCCUUUGCACAGGAUAUUUCACCAACGUUGCCAGAAGGUCUAUUGGAAAGGUGUUUUGCACAAUGGAUGGCCAUGGAUCGAUGGUUCACAUUCAUCCAUCCUCAUCACUAUUUGACCAGGAGGCAGAGCUGAACUGGGUCAUCUUCCAUGAUGUGCUGGCAACGUCACGGGUGUACAUCCGGACUGUUUGUCCUAUUCGAUAUGAGUGGGUGAAGGACUUAUUACCCAAGCUCCAUGAAGUGGACGUCUAUGAACUGAGCAGUGUGGCAAGAGAAGAAGUUACAGACGAGGAGAUGAUAAAAUGGGACUCCAGAGAAGCCGCCAAAAGACAAUCAGAGGUUUCUAAUGAGGAUGCCAUAAAGAAGCUGGAGAAGCGAAACAACGAAACCACAGUCAGCGAUGCUCGUGCUCGCUACCUGCAGCGAAAGCAGCAAAGACAGCAAAGCAAAGCUCUCUGAUAGCACCGAAGGCAUCGGAAGUGAUUCACAUGCUGGAUUGCAAAGGAGCAGUUUUAGAAUGACAUUUUAAUAAUAAAACAUGUAAUGCUCAGAAAA